GGUGAGCCCAGUACACUGCAUGCAAGAGUCAAGAGUGGAUCCUUCUGGACCAGAGGCUGGAACAGAUCCUUCUGAUAGUCAACAAGAUUCAGAGUGCAACAGGAACAAAGAAAAAACCUUAGCUGGAGGAGAGCAGGAAUGUUCAGAAGCAAAUGAAGAUUCUGCAGAAGAAACAAGCCCAGAUCGUGAAAGAGAAAGUUCACUUGCAGAGUGAACACAGCAAGGCUGUCUUGGCAAGGAACAAGCUAGAGUCUCUUUGCAGGGAACUUCAGUGUCACAACAGGACAUUAAAGGAAGAAAAUACGCAGCAGGCACAAGAAGAGGAAGAACAUCGUAAAGAAGCAACUGCACGUUUCCAGUUUACUUUAGAUGAAAUCCAGGCACAGCUGGAACAACAUGACAUACACAAUGCCAAGCUCUGCCAGGAAAACACUGAACUGGGAGAGAAGCUGAAGAAACUUGUUGAACAGUAUGCAUUAAGAGAGGAGCAUAUUGAUAAAGUGUUCAAACAUAAGGAAUUGCAGCAACAGCUUGUGGAUGCCAGGCUUCAGCAAACAACACAGCUCAUAGAGGAAGCAGAUGAAAAACACCAAAGGGAGAGAGAGUUUUUCUUAAAAGAAGCAACAGAAUCGAGGUACAAAUAUGAAGAAAUGAAACAGCAAGAAGUACAAUUAAAACAGCAGCUUUCUCUUUAUAUGGAUAAGUUUGAAGAAUUCCAGACUACCAUGGCAAAAAGCAAUGAACUCUUUACAACCUUCCGGCAGGAAAUGGAAAAGAUGACAAAGAAAAUUAAAAAACUGGAAAGAGAUGAUAAUAUGGUGUACCAAAUUGGAAAAUAA